GACCAUGCGACUGCCUCACCUUCUGACUUUUCUAGGGUUAUCUGCCCAGGUUCCCCUUCGAGAUCCUUCUCUCGACACGACUGCCAUCAUGCCAGCCAAACCAGAUUUCUCUUUCAAAGAGGGUGCAGAUAUAUUCUCCCCCAAGGAUCUCAUCGAACUCGCAAGGCCGGGUGCUGGUGCUGCCAACGAUGCAGGCGAUCUCGUACUGGUCCCUGUUUCUAAAUUCUCUUUUGAAGAUAAGAAAAACAACAAAUCGAUCGUGGUUGCCCCAUUGGAAUCUACAGCGCAACCGCUUGAGAUUGUUCUUCCCAACGGCGGGGACGUAUUCUGGCUUGACUCUCGAACUAUCGCUCGCGUCACGGUCGUGGAAACGGAGAAGGACAAAGAUAAGAAACAAGAAAUAUACUCACACACACUCAAGUUCGACACACAGGGCUCUUCCGUGGGUAUCUUGAGUUCGGAACCACCUGCGUUGAUCGGUUCAUUCCCUGUUACCACCGCGGGCAACUUCCGCUACAAUCUUCCAUCAGGCAUUCUGGUAUUUUCCGCCUAUGUAUAUUCCGACGGGGAUCUCUCCACUGUCAAAGCCAAAGAUGAGGCUUACGAGAAUAGGGGGACCACCGCUCUCGUCUACGAUGAUACUUUUGAAAGGCAAUGGGAUACAUGGGUGGGACCUAAACACCAGUCGCUAUUCAGUGUCAGCCUUUCCAAAGGCUCAGAUCAGAAAUGGGUCCUGGGUGACAAAUUCGUGAAUACUCUACCAGCUGGACAUAGUGCUCCUGUUGAGCCGUUCGGUGGAACCGACGAUUUCGACAUUUCAGAGACCCACAUUGUCUACACCACGAAGGACCCUAACCUCCCAGGUGCUUGGCACACAAAGCAAAAUAUAUUCUUGGUGGAUUUCAAUGGAACAAAAGCCGUCGAAUUGACUAGUGGGACAUAUGGUGCUACACAUGCACCUGUAUUUAAUAAACAAGGCGAUAAAGUUGCGUGGUUGCAGCUUGAUAAAGAUGGCUAUGAAUCGGACAGGGCAAAGGUCGUUAUCUACGAUCUCACAAAGAACGUUCGCUAUACUUUGACCCAGAACUGGGAUCGCUCUCCAGAUGUAUUGGCAUUUUCAGAAAGCGGCGACUACCUUUACUUCACCGCGGGUGACCAUGCAAGAAUCAAAGUCUUCACAUUGCCUGUACCCCCUACCCCAAGUGAAUCGACGACGCACCCUUCAUUCCCCUCCAAGUACUCCACUCCCGUGCCCCUCACCGACUCUCGCGCGGCGUCUGGUGUCCAGAUUCUUUCCAACAAUCGCCUCGUAUUUACCUCAUCAUCCCUCACCACCCCUAAUGAUGUCUUCAUCAUUCGUCAACUUGAUCGUGUAGAAGCAGACAUAUCCAGCCAGGCAGCCAAUGUAUACAGAGGACAGCUAGAGCAAGUUACCCGCUUCACGGCAGACUCGCUUCAAGGGAAAAAUCUCAGUGAAGGGGAAGAAUUUUGGUUCAAAGGCGGGGACGACAUCGAUGUCCAAGGGUGGAUCUUGAAACCCAAGGGCUGGAAAGCUGGUGAUGAAAAGAAGUGGCCUAUCCUUCUCCUCAUUCACGGAGGCCCACAAGGAGCUUGGGAAGAUCAAUGGUCUACUCGCUGGAACCCGAAUGUCUUCGCACAGCAAGGUUACUUCACAGUGGCCAUCAAUCCCACUGGAUCCACGACAUUCGGUCAAAACUUUACUGACGCUAUCUCAGAAAACUGGGGAGGCAAACCAUUUGUUGAUUUGCGCAAAGGAUGGCAAUAUGUUUUGGAUAAUUAUCCAGAGGUUGACGCAGACAGGGCUGUGGCUGCAGGUGCUAGUUGGGGUGGAUACGCCAUAAACUGGAUACAGGGAAACCCCCAGUUCGGAUUCAACUUUAAGGCUCUGUUCUGUCACGAUGGAGUCUUCGACACAAAUUACAAUGGGUACUCAACUGACGAGUUGUUCUUCUGCAACCACGAAUGGGGAGGAAAGCCCUGGGAGGAGAAAAGCAGGGCACUGUCACUGAAGUACAGUCCUUCGAACACCGUCACGAAUUGGUCGACCCCUCAACUUAUCGUACAUGGAAGCAAAGACUAUCGCCUCCCCGAGACAGAAGGCAUCGCAGCCUUCCAUGCUUUGCAACAGCUCGGUAUCCCUAGCCGACUUGUAAUCUUCCCGGAUGAGAACCACUGGGUGCUGAACCAUGGUAACAGCCUGAAAUGGCAUUACGAAGUGCUCAGAUGGUUUGAUGAAUAUGUGGGUGUCAAGGAGUAGAUAAGGAAGUAUACGAACCAAUCAAGCUGAAUGAGCAUAUGAUAUGAUAUGCUAACUGCAAAUUAAGAAAGGAAAAUAAUUGCAGGGUGCUGGCUAUAUUUCUGAGACGCGUCAUAAUCAACGCGUUGUAUUGCAAUCAGUUUUGUGCUAUCACGUGGUUUAUUCAUUUAUCUUACCAUGCGGGCGGUAGUCACGGUACCAGAAGUUAUUGGCUUGACCCAAAUUUAUAUCUCU